AUGAUAUAUAGAUGUAAUAUAUUAGCAUUAGUAGGUGGUGGAAAAUCGCCUAAAUUUCCAAAUACAAAAAUAUAAUUAUGGGAUGAUAACUAAUUAAAAAGAAUUGCAGAAAUGAAUUUUAAAAGUGAAGUCAAAGCUAUAAAAUUAAAAGUUGAUUUUAUUAUUGUUGUUUUAGAAAAUAAAAUAUAUGUUCAUAAUUUUUCCGAUUUAGCAUUAAAAGAUACUAUAGACACUUGUCCAAAUCCCUUUGGAUUAUGUUCUGUAAAUACAGAAGGCGACGACCUUAUUUUAGCCACUCCUCAUAAAAAUUUGGGAGAAAUAAAUGUACAUUUAUAUACAGAUAGCAAAACAACAAAUAUUAAAGCUCAUUAAAGUGCACUUAAUUGCCUUUAAUUAAACCCUAAUGGAAGUAAAUUAGCAACAGCUUCUUAAAAAGGGACUAUAAUUAGAAUUUAUUCGACAUAAAAGGGUGAAUUACUGUAAGAAUUACGUCGAGGAAGUGAAUAUGCGCAGAUAUAUUCAAUAGCUUUCAAUCCUAGGGGUAAUUUUGUUGCAAUAUCAAGUGAUUCGGGUACAAUACAUAUUUUUGCAGUAAAAUAAACAGACGAAGAUGUAGAUUAAAGCUAAAAUUUUCAAAAAAUAAUCCGAAAUCAAACUUUAAAUUUUAAAAUUUAUUGUUCCAUAUUUUGA